GUGAUUGUGGUCAGUUGAAUAAAGAAAUUAUUCCAAUUGCUUUAUUAAUUCCACUUAAUAAACAGUUUAAGGAAGUGAUGUGAAAAGCAUUAAAGUUGAAAUUAUAAUUAAAAAUAACGCUGUGUGAAUAAUUAAAUUACUUUCGAUGAACUGUGACCGCCUUAAGUGAAGUUUGAUAACAAUAUUUAACUGAGACGCUAUCAAGAGAAAAGCUUGCAAAUACUAUAAAAAUAAAUGAACAAUUCAUGUGGAAUCGAAUGCCGGUUUAAACAUUAAUUAAUGACAGUUAAACAUUGAUAAAUGUUAUUUAAAUAUUCUUCGACACACAAACAUAAAUAUUAAAGUUAUCAAGGUGUCAUAACAAAAAUCUUACUGAAAAAUGAAGAAAACAACUCUAUCAAUUAUUUUAAUGCUUGUUGUUAACUUAAACAACGUUUCAUCAUUGGAAAGUGACAUUGAAGAAUUGAACUUAAACUUCAAUCAAAUAAAAAGGCUCAUUGCUAGUUUCAGUAAUGAAAAUCUUAUUAAAGCUGUAAAUUUUGCAACAGAAUCAACAGACAGUUCCAAAAGUCUUGAACAUCGAAUAUCAACUAAAGCUAAAAUCAGAAAUGGAACAAUUUCCCAUUCACAAUUUAUCGAAUCUCUUCCUAAUAAUGACACGAAGAAAAUUGAUUCAGUCGCUCAAGAUAUCUUGAAAGCUUCGUCAUAUUUACUCAAUUUGUAUUGUAAGACAGCUGGCAUCUCAAAUAAAGAUUGUGUAAAGUUUAUGUCAAAAUAUACUUUACCUGAAACUAAGCUGGGGUUAAAAUGUUUCCAAAUGAGAAAGAAUCAUCAUGCAUAUGGACGAUUGCUACCCGCAAGCUAUCAAGAUGGUCUUCAUAAAAUACGAAGAAGCAUUUCUAAGAAAGAACUUCCAUUGCCGCGAGUAAUUUCCAACUCUUUAUACACUUCUGGAUUGAAUGAAAUCAACCAAAGAAGUGAGAAUAAAUUAAUUCCGACGACAAGUGAAGGUGUUUUAGACCGCAAAUUGAGUUUGUCUGCUGCCCAAUGGACUCAAUUUCUCGAACAUGAUCUGAGUAAAACAGUUGUUCGAUCAAUGUCUAAUGGCGCUUCAAUUGAGUGUUGUGAUCAAGAAUCAGUGUCAAUACAGCCGAGAUAUCUUCAUCCAUCAUGUCUACCAUUAGUCAUUCCAAGUGAUGAUUCUCAUUAUCGUCAACUACGCGUUACAUGCUUGAACUAUGUUCGAUCAGCUUUAGCAGUCAACGAUCAAUGUAGAUUUGGUAGCAUUAAUCAGUUAAACCAAGCUACAAGUAGACUUGAUCUGUCACAGCUUUAUGGCAUCGACGAAGCAGAACAGGAAAAGUUGAGACGCUUUCAACAAGGUUUACUUUUGACAUCAACUGAUGACGGUUCACUUCUACCAAACAAUCUUGAACAUUUCUGUUCGUCUUCGUCUUCUAAUGAGACCAGCAAUGUUUGUUAUCUUUCGGGUGACUCGCGCGUUAAUGCAAACCCAUUAGUUACUUCUCUCUACACAAUCUUCUUAAGAUCUCACAAUCAAAUCGCACAAAAACUCAGACGAAUGAAUCCAAAGUGGAACGACAACCAACUGUUUAAUGUCGCAAAAUACAUCAACGUUGCUAUUUAUCAAAAGUUCAUCUACAAUGAUUGGGCGAAUGUUGUGUUGGGAAAACGAACAGCAUUGGAAAUAAGAAACAAGAAUUUCGAUCACGAUGUUAAAAAAUAUAAAUCAGAUAAAGUAAGUAAUGAGUUUGGAACUGCUGCUGUGAAGUUUUACAACACGAUGCUUCCUGGUGAUGUUUUAAGUCAUCAAGAUGACUUCACAACAAUGACAUCGCAGAGUUCUGAAAACACAAUUGAAGCACGUGGUUCAGGCAAACGUAGAGAAAUUCUUAAGCUGCAAGACUCGUUUUAUAAGCCUCGAGACUUCAGUAAACAGCAAAUAUUUGAUCAGCUGAUGAAUGCGAUCUUAAGACAAAAUUCUAUGGCAGUCGACAACAGUUACGUUGAUGAUUUAUCACUUCAACUUUACCGUUCGAAGAUGUUUGACAACAAAGUGUUUGGAGGUGAUUCCUUAGCAUUUGACAUUCAGCGUACUCGUGAUCAUGGCCUUCAACCAUACAUAAGUUACAUCAAAAAAUGCUUCAAUAUUCGAGUUACCAGAUGGGAUGAUUUGCGCAACAUAAUUAAAGAAGAAGAUUUGGCGAAACUUCGGUCGAUUUAUGAAUCGUUCCAUGACAUUGACUUGAUUGUUGGUGGGCUGUCUGAGAUUCCGAUAGAAAAUGCCACUGUUGGUCCAACAUUUUCUUGUAUUUUAAGUGAUCAAUUGAUUAACUCGAGACUGUUUGAUGAGACAUUUUAUAACCGGAAAACUGACGACAGUGGUGAGAAAGUUAUGAAGACUGUCGAGAAUUAUUCAGCAACGAGAUUUAUUUGUGACAACACGCACUUGAAAAUGGUUCAAAAAAAUAUUUUCCAUAUUCCGUCAGACGAAAACCCGCUUAUUGAUUGUUCUGAUUACGAGAAACUCCCAAAGCUUGACCUUAGUUAUUGGUUGGUGAUGCAAUCUCAAGCAUAAGAAUCGUUUUAAUUCAAUUCCUGAACAACAAUUUAAGCCCAGCAGUCAUUAAUCAAAGCAAAUCAAACCCUUUUUGCUCUUACAGGGCUUUAUUAGAUACUUUGAUUGACAAGUUCAUUGUCAUCGAUUACAAAAUAAUCACAUAAAAAUAACAUAAAUUUAGAACACAACUUAAUGUAAGUAAUUUUAACAGUAGACACGAUUUUUUUCUAUUUGCAAUAAAGUUUAAGUUAAAAGCAAAAGUCAUUAAUGUUCAAUUUUCGAUUGUGUUUGGGGUCAUUUGUCACAAAGGUUGUUUCUUGGAGCAAGGUCGAUUCGACGAUCUCAAAAUUUACCUUUUGUUUUGUUUGUUUAGAAGAUAAUUUGCAGUCAUAAUCGACACUUGAGUUGGGUGAGGUGCUUAAGCUUUGAUUCAUUCAAAUUCAUUGAGUUUAAGAUGUUAGGUUUUUGUUUCAUGACGUGAUCAUGUAUACAUGAACGAUCUCUCUUGACCUAGCCGAAAAACAUCACGUUCAAUGGGUAAAUGAGACCGCCCAAUUAAGUUUGUCUCAACAAUUUCACUUGCAAUCACUUUCCGUCGUAUUAGCCACUUAUGAACAAUGAGUCAAGGAAGUCUAAGUAAUGGAAACUUUUUCCGUAAUUUUUUAUGAAAUUUGAAACAUGCAAAAGUAUUUCUGAUGGGCAAUAACCAAAUUCAAGGUCACGACUAUGUGAUCUUGAAUAAAUUUUCUCGAAUUGUUUUUAAACUGGAAUGAAGAAUUUCAAUUGAAUAUUUGAACGUGUUUUUGCGUAAACGAAGAAAAAAAACUAUUUAGUCGAUUUACGACAUGACUUAAUAACAGAUCAAUUAACUAAUAGUUUCAAACCUUGUAUUAAUGCACGUACAUGAAUAUUUAAAUAAAGGAGACAAUCGUUAUGUUAAGAUUAAGAAAUGGUA